GGCCCGCUUUCCAGCCAACUGCCAGCGAAUGGCACUGAUCUUUGGUCUGAGGCCAAAUUUCUUCUCAUUUGACAGCUCUCACUUGCAGCUCCAGCCUCGCGAUGCAGCCUACCCCCAAACCUGUGCCUUGGUAACGUAUCGGCUGCUAUGCUUGAAGCCUUGCGUUCAUACAAUUUUGCCUCGGUGGUUCUUUACGCGGGGCAAUGCAACUGGCCUCGCAAUGCCUCUGUCACUUGAAUAGAGCACGCCUUGGCCGGCGGCAACCAUAUCAAGGACUCGAUGCGAUUCGACGAACGGCCUCAACCCUACCGAGGAACGCUUGUAAAAGCUUAUACGAGUCUAGCACGGAAGUUGGCUGUUACAGCACCGAAUCCCUCGAAUCCAACAUUUCGUCAUCGAGCCCGAGGCCCUCUUCCCCACGUUUUGUCGUCGGUCCCAACUCAUCGAGAAAGAGAAGAUCAAGAUUAGACACUGUUUCCACAUUUUCGGACGACAUAAAGCCACGGAAAUGGCUUGCACCCAAUUCAAAGCCGAACAUGCAGGGUCUGAGGAAGCGGCCAAGAUCUAGUCAUGACAGACAAACUGUCUCCUCAAGAGCCGUUUGUUUUCCAAACGAGUUCAACCUUCGGCUGGUGGACAUGCCCAAGAAUCAGAACAACGCCUCCUUCUGGCUCAGUGUUCUUGAAGCAGCACAGCGAGAGCAUGGACAGGGCGGCGUCUUGGCUGUUUGGAAUGUCGUGCAGCAUCGCAAAACAUUAUACGACGUGAGAAGCGAAGGAGUGGAGUCGUUUUGGAGAACCAUCUUGGAAGCUAUCCUCCCCAACGAGGACGAGCUUAAGGAUGUGUUUCUCUACUCAGAAUGGUUACUUCGUGCCCACGCUGUGCAGUGGCCGUCGUUAUACUCGACAACAAUAUCAUACUGUCUGCGCAACGGACAGUACCGCAGAGCGAUGCAGUGGCAUUUGCGCCUGAUGCCGAACUUUGAUCCUGGGCGAGAAGAAUUCGGUGCCUUGCUGCAGGAGUUUGCCGUCAUUCCUGAGGCCGAUUUGCAACAGACGUUGCAAGCUAUCUAUGUCACAUCCCUACACCGCAACCUAUACGAUGACCUUAUACCCCUUCUUUAUCGUAGCGGCCGUUCCCAACAUUGCAACGAAUGGCGCAGUCUAUUUGUACGUCAACGCGACCUGCCUCGCCCAACUCCCGACUCACAGCCUUACCUAAGGUACCUCGCUCGAUACUUCCCAUCCGUCACUCUCGAACUGGAGGAACAGAUGGUCUUGGGCCUGAACUCAUCAGCCUAUUGGAACGAACAGGAUGACGCUCUCUGGGAUGCUAUGAAAGACGCGCAGGGCGAUGAAGACGACGCCCCAGAGAGGCGACACAGCGACACAUUGGGCGCAAGGUGGUUCGCAAGUUCUUGGAUACCGCUCGACUUCGCAAUCCAUGCUGCUCAUGCCCUGGGCGUGCGCCAAAUCGGCCCUUUAUCGUUGCAGUCGAUUGCGUUGCGCGAAUCCACGGCGCAUGGACUCGUGGCCCGCAUUGAGCAAUUGCGAAAGGUCAACAUUGGCAUCGGAUGUUCAGUGUAUUCGCUGGUUCUCAAACGAUUUGCCGAGAACGAGGAUAACGAACUGCUGUAUGAGCUGCUGCAUACAGACAUCCACCCAGACGUCUUCGAUGAUCCACUGAUAUUGGCGAGCAUUCGUGACAAAGCCUUGAAAGAGGGGGCCUGGAAAACGCAUCGGCUACUGCUUGCAGUUCAACCCGCCAUGGUCGAAGAGUCGGUUACCUCGACGUCAAAUAUCUUACUGCAAGAAUGUGUCAAGCGUGGCCAAUGCAGACAGGCCUUGGCUUUGCUAGACGACAUGAGGUCGAUGAACAUCGACGUGUCAACAGCAACAGUACGACACAUUUGCUCGAGCAUCCUUGACCUACUGCCAUGGAAUCCAAGGACCACUGCCACGAACUGGGAUGCUUGGAACAUGGCUAUUGCUUGUCUUACGCGCCUGGUAUUGCUCAAAAAGCCCGUUCAUUCGCAUUACUGGCAAAAGGUUAUAUUUGGCCUUGGCAAGUUUGGCCGCAUUGGCGAGUUGGAGGACCUAUGCCUUGGCAUCAUCGACACUUACGGGAAGCUCUGCGCUUCGGAGGGUGGUCUACUGCCCGUCCAUUACCUGGAUAUGCCGCCUUCGGACCUAGAUGGCCACUCCACCGACGUUCUUGUGCCGGCUGAUUUGUCUAUCACCCAUGAACACCACCCGAUGCGCCGGGUCUUCGAUAAUCGCGCUUUGCACACUGCAAUUGUCCGCUGGGGGUUUAAGGCAGGCUUCUCGAAAUGCAGCAGCAACUGGAGCAUGGUUUCUAUCAACUCAACAGCCACUUCAGAGUACUCCGUCGCUCGGGGUGUGCGGUUUCUGGCUAUACUUAACGAGCGGGGUAUCCCGUUCAGAGCCGCUGUCGUUCGAGAGGAGGUCAUCAGGUGCCUGGCUAGGGCAUAUUUACUACAAGCUAAGAGAGCAUCUCGUAACAAGGCUGGCCUGCCACCUCUUGCAGCCAUACGCGAACUGUUCAACAAAGCAGCUGGACGGGAUUUGCUUCCGACUGUUCCUAAGCUACAAGAUAUGAUGGGAGAAUAUCAAGGAAAGGGCGCAUGGCCACAUGACAGGCCUUGAGCACAGUGUCACAUCAUCUAUAACAACGCAUAUGCCGUAGGUGUUGAUGCGUGGAAUGAUCCCAAGAUCACUACCGGUGAAUGUCGGGCCCCAAAUUCGCUCAUUAUUCUAGUCAAAUUCAUAC